AUUUAUUGCUCACAAUGAUGAUGGAGACGUGAGCCUUUAGGGUGAAAAAAAAAGAAAAAAAUUAUGAGAGAAGCCAUUGGCAUCAACAAUCGACCUCAAGCACCAAAACAUCAAGUGCACAUAUCCUUCUUCUCUAGCUUUUCACAUUUCAUUUUGUUUAUAUUAAACCAAACUAUUUGAUUUUACUUAUGAUUUCCUUUUUCCUUUUUUUUUUUUAAUUUUUUAAUUUUUUUUUUUUAACACUUUGCAAUUUAUCAGUGAAGAUUAAGUUGAUGAUUGUUUAUUGUAGGAAGACUGUGUAGAAGUACCUCCAUGGCUGACGAUUAUGUACAAUACAGUGUAUUUUGAUAUGUGUAACGCUCAUCCGAAUACUAAGAAGAACGAGCUCGAUCACUUUUGCAUUGAUUGUCUUUUAGCUUUGUGUUAUCACUGUCUUCCUGCUCAUUCUUCUCACAAACAUGUUAAGAUUCGGAGAUACGUAUAUUGUGAAGUGAUCAAUCGCAAAGAUUUAUGCAAGCUAUUCAAUUGUUCGGGCAUACAGGCAUAUCAUACAAAUAAAACUAAAGUGCUAUUCUUGAAGCAAAGGCAUCAACAACCACUACAACAACAACAAAGUCAACAACAUAAUUCAAAAGAUCAUAGUUGCAUCAUCUGUCAAAGGAGUUUGCAAGACAGCACUUCCCUCUAUUGCAGCAUUGCAUGCAAGGUUUUCUCUAUCAGUAGAGGUGCGUCUGACCAUGACAAUGAGAAAGAUGAAGACUUGGGUAGCAAAAGAAGCGAUGAAGAAAUUGUAACACAAUCAUCACCUAAGAGGCAAAAAGUUAGAAAAGGAGUCGCUCAAAGAGCUCCAAUGUAUUGAAUGCACUCAUUUAUUUUUAUUUAUUUAUA